CUCCAGCCACUCUCUGUGCUAUAAUGCUAGUAGCUAUAGCAUGUAAACAUAACUUCUUUUCAGUCCUAUUAUACUUAAGUCUUAUUUCUGCUAAUAAUUAUAUUGAUGAUUCCUUUUCUUGAUUACCUUAAUCAGUGCUUUUUGUGAACACAAUGGCUCUUAGUCAUCAGCUCAACAAAUGGUUAUAUUUCAUCGGAUGACUGUUUUGCAGAGUGCUUAUUACUACCUGAAAUUUACAUCAUGAGAUACAAAAGGUUAACUCAACGAAGAUUUCUCUAUAUUGCCGGUCUAAGUUUUCUGUUCAUUGUUUUUCAUGAAUUUGGCUUAUUUGUCCAUGUAUUUGAAGUUGGUUACACAUCAUUCAACUAUCCUUUAAUGUUGGACAAUCUUCAAGAAAUUGUUGACUCUCAUAUCCAUGGAACCAAGUUGCCAGUCAAUGUGGACCCAAUCAAUGAGUACAAAUUUACCUUUUUGAUUCCUAACGAGGAUAAAUGCCGAUCAUCAAUCAAUUCACCAGAUAAUGGAGACGGAGAUGAUACACGAGGGGAAGAUGAUGAUGGUGACGGAGGUUAUGUUGGUGAUGGUGCAAAUGAGAAUGAAAGUCCUGCCAAGAAUAGACUAAAACGAACUAAAACCAUGUAUGAUAGGAUAAAUCUAGUGUUUAUGAUAAAAAGUGCUUUGAGUAAUGUUGACUCCCGUGAUGCAAUUAGAAAAACUUGGGGCCGGGAAGAUCGAUUUUCAGAUGUACCCAUCAGAAGAUUAUUUGUACUCGGAAAUUGUGAAGGCUCCAGUACUCCAGAAUCAGCUGAUGAGUGUGAAAAUUUGAUUGCCAAUGAAUCUAGGAGGCAUGGAGACAUUGUACAAGCUGAUUUCACCGAUACUUAUUUCAAUAAUACUAUCAAGACCAUGAUGGCCAUGAAAUGGAUCGUUCAAAAUUGUCCAAAGACAGCUGCUAUUCUCUUCGUGGAUGAUGACUUUUAUGUUUCACCAAAAAAUUUAUUAAAAUUCAUUCGUCGCCCAUAUUAUGAUCCAGAUGAUUUGGAAUCAAGAAAUUCAAUCCCAUCCAAAUUCAUUCCUAAAGAUGGUCGUCUCUAUGCAGGUUUCGUUUUCGGCAAUUCAUCGCCAAUGAGACAUAAACUAUCUAAAUGGUACAUUUCAUUGGAAGAUUAUCCUUAUGAAAAAUAUCCACCCUAUGUGACGGCUGGAGCCUUCGUUUUAUCAUCUCGGACAGUUAAAGAAAUGUAUUAUGCUAGUCUUUAUACAAAACAUUUCAAAUUUGACGAUAUUUAUGUCGGAAUAUUGGCCAAAAAGCUGAAACAGGAACCAUUCCAUAAUAAAAACUUCCAUUACUGGAGAAAAAGUUAUGAUCCGUUGGGUUAUAGUCGAGUUAUUGCUUCACAUGGUUUUAAUGACCAUUCCGAGUUGAUUAAAGUCUUUCUUGAGCAAAAAAGUCUGGGCCAUGCUUAAAAAGUCGAAUCCUCGUUUUUAAAGAAUGUUAAAGCCAAAUGUUCAUCAAUAACAUUCACUCUGUAACAUCACGAAUACUCAUCAGAUUAGGUUAAAAUUCUCAUCAAUUGGAUUGGUGUUCAUUUGAAUUAUUCGAGAUCUUCACUAGCGCGCCAAUAAUUAUAAAUAAGAUUUUAUAAUUUGCCUUUUGUAUAAAGUCAAUUUUUGUAAUUUAAUGAAAAAGUCGAGAAACAAACUAAAUUUUAAUAAACAUUUUUUUUGCAAA